GGAUAGAAAUCAGAUCCGGGAUCAGACCAGACAAAAUUCUAUUUCCAGAGCAGGUUGCCUGUCAUUGGACAAUAGCAGAAACGAGGACAAGCCAAAAGCUAAACCCAAGCGAAAGAAUACUGCUGGUAGACAUGAUGAUAGGUUCAUGGAAGCAAAGGAAUCUGCUUGUUUACCGAUUUAUGAUUCUAGUCUAUCUGUGGCAAAUGCAAGCAACACUGGCAGCAAGGAUGGGGCAGCGUUAUCUGGUAACCAGGACACUUCUCAAGCAAUGGAAUCCUCUGACCUGGGGAAUUUGCCGCUACCUGAUUUAAGUUCAAUAGAAGAAUUUGGUGUAUCUGGCGAACUUGGCGGGCCACAAGAUCUUGGUUCAUGGUUGAACUUCGACGACGAGGGUUUGCAAGACCAUGAUUGUGUAGGCCUUGAAAUUCCAAUGGAUGACCUAUCAGAUUUGAAUAUGCUUAUGUGAAGGAAACAUCUUGUAUCCAAAGGAGAAUUUGCAUCAAUUAGGUGAACAUUGUGGGCAUCAAGAUCGAUGUAACCUGGGUUUCUUGGGAGGGAGAACCUUUGACGGUUGGGAUCAGAAUGUUGAUCCAAUUGUAAGGUAAACCAAAUUGAUCUUUUUGUAGAAAGUUGUAUAUAGGAAAUAGUUCAAACGAUAUUGCUGUGCUGCAGUCAUGGGUUUCAUGACAUUGCUUCCAAACCCCUUUCUUAUCAUCUCUAAGAUACUAGAUUUCACCAUUUUUUGAAUUUAAUUGGUUUUACUGUGCUGAAGUCCUGCCUUUCCAAAUGGAAUUUUAUGGGAAAUGUAACUUCAUAAUCUUGAGAUUGAAGCUAUGUCAUUCAUUUAGUCAAAAGGUGCCUAAAGAAUGGCUUCUUUUCCCAUGUUGUCACUUCAGUUCCCAUGCAAUGUAAUGCAGAAUAUAAAGAAUUUGGUCUCCUAUAAAAUGAGAAUAGUUAUAUUCCAUCA